AUGGAGGAAAACUUUGUGUUCUCUGCGACCACUACUCGUUCUGACCAGGAGAUGGGUGAACCACCUGAUGGAGGUGGGGGAGUCAACCGUAACAUGAUUCAAGCUGGUGUGUCCUUCAGGGACAAAAUGAUGGGAGGGAGAUCCCCCCCACCAAUGAUGGAGGAGGUUGAUCUUGUGGGACAAAAUCUUAUGAAGAUAGUGUAUGAAGAAGGCAACAGACUUAAACCCAAGGUAUAUCUCGACGAUGCGGUCUUUGAGAAGUUGUGCCUCCCUUGGCAGGACGCUCUCAUAGUAAAGUUGCUUGGAAAGACUAUUGGGUUUAUGACAAUGAGGGAGAGGCUGAAACAAGUAUGGAAACUCCAUAGUGGUUUUGAUCUAAUGGACGUGGGAAAUGGCUUCUUUGUGGUCAAGUUUGAAGAGGAGUCAGCACGAGAGAAGGUUAUGACCGGGGGACCUUGGAUGAUUUUUGAUCAUUAUCUCUCGGUGCAACGAUGGGAGCCAGACUUUGUCUCUCCAUCCACACAAGUUAACAAAACACUUGUUUGGAUCCGCUUCCCUGGCUUAAAUCUAAUGUUCUUUGACAAAAGCUUUCUUCUCGGUUUAGCAUCAGCAGUUGGUGUUCCGAGUAGGGUGGAUAUGCCUACAGUCAAUGUGGCCAGAGGGAAAUUCGCUAGAGUUUGUGUUGAAAUUGAUUUGACUGUGCCAGUGGUUGGAAAGGUGUGGUUCCGUGACCAUUGGUACAAGGUGGAAUAUGAGGGAUUACACUUGAUUUGUGCUAAAUGUGGCUGUUAUGGACAUCUGAGUAGAGACUGUGCUACACUGCCGCCUAAUCCUUCCAAUGUCCAGUCUCCGGUGGUAGAGGGAGGCGCUCCAGUUCAGGAAGUUACGGUGACGGGGCUUAAUCAGGACGGAAAUCAAGGGAAUGAUUCUGAGAUUAGUAAGGAAGGGACGGAUAUCACAACGGGAGAUCCGGAGGACGCUCUUCAUGGAGAGUGGUUGGUAGUUCGAAGAAGGAAUAAAGGGGGAAAGGAGAAAAUUAAGGGUGUGGCUGCUGAGAGAACUAAGGACGGGAUUGCGGAGAAAAAUAAGGGGGUAUCUCCACAAUCAUUUAACAUUAAAGAUUCCAGUCAACAUAAGAUAUUGCAGCAGCAUGACAAUAUGGGAACUAAACCGUUUUUGGCUGUUACUAACAUUAACUCCCCCUUUAGUAGUGCACAAGAUGGAACAAGGAUGGUCAAAGGAAAGAAGCGGGCCCGCAGGGAGAAUUUACAUGUGACAAAAAAUAAAGAGAAGGAGAGGCACGUAACUAUUAAAGAAAAGAGACCACCCAUGCAUGUGACCAAGGAGAGUGACGUGCGACUCAGUCCUGAGUCAUCCACGGUGAUGGCGAACUCAGUGAGUCAACUCGCUAUAAAAGGUGACACUGUUAUGUUAAAUGAAAACAUAAAUGACAAGGCUAACAAGAAGGAUGUGAUGCCAGGCUUCGACUUAGGAACUGGGAUAGUGAUAUCUCCGGAUCUUCUUCGUGGCACCAUGUCGCAAGGACCGAAGCAGACUUCCAAGGGUGGGAAAGCUCUUGAGUCAAAAUUGAAGAAAGGAAAUAGUGGGCCACAAGCAUCUUCCCAAGUGAAUUUAUCAAAGGGGGAAGGCACCGUGAGUACGAAAGUAGCUGAUGUAGGAAUGCACUGGGAUCCUGGUCAGUAG